CGGCGAUCGAUUUCGUUGUUUACAAAAUAGCGCCGCGCCACGAGAUCCUCGCGUGCAACAAAAACACUCAUCUUCUCUACACUCAAAUACGCCAAAGUCCACGCAGCUCCAGACUUGCUUCUUUCCCUGCACGUCUUUCGGAUUCUAGAGGGAGAGGACGACUCGCUGCACAUAAAUCAGAGCGAAUCUUCCGCGUGAUACACAGUCGAAUAGAGAAGAGAGAGAAACGAUUCAUAUUGUUCACCAUGGCCUUCCUCGCCCGUCUACGCACCGACAUUAUGUCGCUUUACAAAGGCUCUCCGCACCCCGAUAUCAUUCUGUCUGAAGAGGGACCUACCGACCUCACGAACGUUACCGUUCAUCUCCUCGGCCCCGCAUCGACGCCGUACUCUGAAGGCGCGUGGAAAGUGCGACUAGUCAUCCCGACCGACUACCCAAACAGUCCGCCAAAGGCGUACUUCGACACGAAGAUCUUCCAUCCGAAUGUGCAGCCUAGCUCUGGAGAGGUCUGCGUCGAUACUUUGAAGAGAGACUGGAGCUCGCAGGUCGAUCUGCGUCAUGUUUUACUAGUUAUCAGAUGUCUACUCAUCGAGCCCAACCCGGAGUCUGCGCUAAACGAAGAAGCCGGAAAACUUCUACUAGAGAACUUCAAGGAUUACGAGCGCAUGGCCCGUCUGAUGACCACAGUUCACGCGUUAAAGCGCUCCUCGUUCGUCACACCUGUGACUGCUUCAACCGCCGACUCUUCUUCUUCUUCCACCGACGGAACUAUCUCAGGUAAUGCUGCUGAUAGCAGUAGUACGAAAAUCUACUCUGAUGCCGAACAGGCGUCGCAGCAGCUAUCGGUCGACAAGAACGUUCUACGACCGCUCGAGCAUACACAGCGAGGUGCGCCGGGAUCGCCUGUGAAGAGCACAAAGCCAAAGAAGAAAGUCGGUAUGAAGCGGUUGUAGAUACCGACCAAAAUCUCUGCUUUGGUUCAUUUAUAGUCACUGUUGGCUAUCGAUCACCGUCUUCUAUACUUUUCUUAUUUUUGAAUACUCUUGUCCCGGCUGAAGAAAAAGACAGACCAGAGAUGACAUCCGGAAGACGACCUUUAUUGUACCGGAUAUGGUCUGCAUGAUUGCAGACAGAACUUUACGUUGUUCAGCCAGGCUGCUUUUACUUCUGUACUAUAAUUCUAAUAAUUAAUCUUUUUCCAAAU